AUGAUAGGCGGUCGGAGGGUGCUUGGGAACCUGUUUCCUGGGCCUGGGGAGGAGAUCGCGCUGGAGCCCUCUUGUCCCUCCGAGGAAAAUGAGUUCGCUUUCCUUUUCUUCAUCUGGCUGCCGAGGGCUAGAGGCGGCCACCAGCCGACCCCUCCAGCCAACGCUCUCCCCCCGCGGUUCCCUCCUCUCUCCCGAGUCGGGACCCGCGUCAGGCCGGCGCCGAAGCUGCUUUUCCGAAUCCCGAUUUCUCUGCAGUCUACGCUCUAUCCCAGUCUGCGCCGCAGGAGAAAGCGCCGGGGCCCGGGACCCGGAAGCCCCUUCCAGUUCGACCCCGCAAGGGUCCUGGCGCCCAGUGUCAGCCUCGCUGGGGCGACCUGGUGGACGCGGAGCGCAGUUCUGGGUCGCGAGCUCCGCUCGGCAAAGUCGCGGCGUGACCCUCCGUCCCGGAACGAUUCCCGCAGCGCGCACCGCUACCUUCUCCCCAGCUUGUGCGGCGGGACUGAGCUGCCUGAAGAGCCCCUGGAACCAGGCAGAAAAGAGGUCUAA